AAUUACAGCAAUUCAAUAAAAAAAAGAUUGGGGGGUUAGGAAUCUGGAGGAGAUAAAAAGAACAAAAUCAAAACUCAAAAGCAAACAACCAUCACGACUUCUGCAUUAAUACACGCCUUUGACUUUGAUCUUCUUUUCGUGAAUUCGUCUUUGUCAUUUACCAGGACUAAUCUUUUCAUUCCUCGAAGGUCCCCGAGCGCCACCGCGACUCAGCCCUCAGGCGAAACAGAAACCUCUUCGCCGCCUCCCGGAAAAUUGUUCACGCGCCGGACGUCUGAGCCAUGUGGAGAAACUCAGUGAGUUUCUCAGCCAAACUCGUUUCUUCCUCGACCCUCAAGAAUGUAAAAUCCCCAUUUGGUCACUCUAUUGAUAGCUACAAUUAUGCCAUCGGGAGCACAGUUUUCCACUCUCAAUUUUACUCGGCGACAUCAACCACCGUUGCCUCAUCCGCCGUUGAAUCCAUCAAAUCGGAGGCUGGUCGGGCACUCGGAUCCACUGUACUCGAUACGAAGUCGUUGUCCGCGUUUUCUGCCUCCAAAUUGCGAGAUGCCGCUAGAUAUUACGGCCGCUGUUACUUUGAACUCUCUAAAGCUCGACUCAGCAUGUUAGUUGUUGCUACGUCGGGUACUGGGUAUAUCCUUGGAAGUGGCAGUGCUAUUGAUUAUGUCGGAUUGUGUUGCACAUGUGCCGGUACAAUGAUGGUGGCAGCGUCAGCCAACACCUUAAAUCAGGUUUAUGAAAUAAAAAAUGACUCCCUUAUGAAGAGAACCAGGAACAGACCGUUACCUUCUGGUCGUCUUACUGCUCCUCAUGCCAUCACCUGGGCUGCUUCUGUCGGUUUUGCUGGCACUGGUUUAUUAGCUUGGCAGACUAAUGCAUUGGCUGCUGGGCUUGCUGCCUCUAACCUUGUCCUCUAUGCAUUUGUGUACACUCCCCUGAAGCAAAUUCAUCCAGUAAAUACUUGGGUCGGUGCUGUUGUUGGUGCUAUUCCUCCUCUUCUUGGGUGGGCAGCAGCCGCUGGUGAAGUUACACUGAAAUCUAUGAUUCUCCCUGCUGCUUUAUACUUUUGGCAAAUACCUCAUUUUAUGGCCCUUGCAUAUUUGUGUCGGAAAGACUAUGCAGAUGGAGGGUUUAAGAUGUUCUCCCUUACUGAUGCUUCUGGUCGGAGAACAGCCAUGGUUGCCUUGAGGAAUUGUUUGUAUCUGCUUCCAUUGGGUUACCUAGCCUAUGACUGUGGAAUAACUUCUAGCUGGUUCUGCUUCGAAUCAACAAUCCUUGCUCUAGCAAUAAGUGGUACCGCCAUGUCUUUCUACCUUGAUCGCACAACAAAGAGUGCUAGGAGAAUGUUCCACGCUAGCCUGUUGUACCUUCCUGUAUUUAUGUCUGGGCUUCUGUUACAUCGGCAGUCUGGAAACCAGCAGUAUCAAAAGGUUGACAAUUUGCACAAAUCUUUUGAUACAUCUGCAUCCUCAGAACUGAUGGUGGAUGAGACUGACACUAGCAACGAGCCAAGAAGGUCCAAGAGUAAAAGUGCUGGUCCUCGAGGAAGACCGCCUGUGGCGUAUGCAUCAGCUGCACCAUUCCCCUUCUUACCAGCUCCAACAUAUGUACCGCACUGAGAUAGCGAAUUUUGAUCUCCUUUUUUUCUUUUCUUUUUUUCCUUUCUUUUUCAAUAAUGAUUUGGUCGGUGUAUAAUAUUUGCAUCUGUUUUUCUCCUUAAACGUUUUUUUGUGGAUAUAGACAAGAAAAAGAGCUUCUUAUAACUCACUCUCCACCCAACAGAAAGGAAAUUAAUGCCAUGCUUAUGGUUUUUCCCUUAGACUGCAUCAGAUUUGUCCCCCAUCUAAAAUUUGGGACAGUAAAUGUUAGGUUCAUACCAUUCAUUGUAAAAGUACAUGUACUUGUGAUGAUCAUGAAGUUACUAUGAUGGAUUACGACUCCGACAUUGAUAUGGCCUGUGUCACUGUUGUAUUCAUUUUCG